GAUCUGGUAAUCCGUAUCAUCUUCAUUCUUGGUAAUUUAACAACAAAGAAUAACCAGGCCCGUGAGCAAUUUUUUAAAGAAAAAGGAAGUGUUAACACCUUGAUAUCAUUAUUCCAGACCUACCAUGAACUUGAUUUGAAUGCACGGAAAUGGUGCCAUGAAGGAGGAGGGGAAGGAAAAAAACACCCAAAGCAUCCUUCAGAAGCAGAUGUUCUGAUAAAACUGAUAAGAGUGCUGGCCAAUCUCUCCAUUCAUCCCAGUGUAGGAGCAGCUCUGGCAGCUGCCCGUUGUGUUGUAGAAUUACUUGUUACUGUACUAGAAUACAACUCAGUUGGUGACUGUGAGGAGUUGGUCAUCAAUGCUGCGACAACAAUCAACAAGUUAUCGUACUACAAAGUGAGGAGUUCUGCUGUUCAACACAAGAAGCUACACAUUGCUGAACUUCUUUUAAAGCUGUUAAUGAGCAACAAUAUGGAUGGAGUUGUGGAGGCUCUCAGAGUCUUUGGCAAUCUUUCCCAGUAUCGUGAGAUCUGUGACUUCAUCAUACAGAAAAAGAUAUACAAGUUCAUGAUUGCUUUGCUUGAUGCCAAGAAUCAAGAUGUCUGUUUUUCUGCCUGUGGAGUUCUGCUCAAUCUCACAGUAGAUAAGAACAAACAAGCUCUUCUGAUGGAAGAAGGAGGAAUUGGAAAGUUAGUUGACUGUUUACAAGACUUUGGGCCAGCAGACUGGAAGCUUGCUUGUUUGAUAUGCAAAACCUUGUGGAACUACAGUGAAAACAUCACAAGUGCAGCCUUGUGCUUUGAAGAACAUACUGACACAUUGGUGUUCCUGCUUACAUCACUCCUAGAUGAAAAGCUAGCAUUGGAUUACAGCCUUGACAGAGAUUUAAGGGACUACCACAAACUGUAUUGGGAAAGAGAGUUCAAACCUGUGGCAGAAAAACUUCUUGACAGAAUUCAAAACCAUCACUCCUUUCUUCCAACUGUGACCAUUACUCCAUUUUAA